ACGCACCACCACCAUAUUUUCAGCGUUCUGUAAAUUGCUCAUCCAUCGCAUUCAACAUGGCGGCCCCCACAGUUAUUCUGGAUAAUGGCGCUCACCACGUAAAGAUUGGAUUAGCAUCCGAUAAAGAACCAAGACACAUUCCAAACUGCAUCACCAAGUCAAAGAGCGAAAGGAGAAAGCAGUUUAUAGGCAACCAGAUUGAAGAAUGCAGGGAUCUCUCGGCCCUUUACUACAUGCUACCAUUUCAAAAGGGUUACCUUGUAAAUUGGGACGUUCAGAGACAGGUAUGGGACUACAUGUUUGGCAAAGAACUCCUCGGUCUAGAUUGCCCCGAAACGACGGCCGUCGUCACAGAACCGUACUUCAACUUCUCAUCCAUUCAGGAGGCUAUGAAUGAAAUAUUCUUUGAGGAGUACCAGUUCAAGGCCUUGCUUAGAAUAAAUGCUGGGACUCUGAGUGCGCACAAGAGAAAGUCUGAGAACACUGAACAUCGUUGUUGCCUCAUCGUAGACAGCGGUUACUCCUUCACCCACAUUGCACCGUACUAUAACAGCCAGAAAGUUGCUGAAGCAAUAUACAGAAUCAAUGUUGGAGGCAAGCUAUUAACGAAUCACUUGAAAGAGAUCAUCUCGUACCGUCAGCUUCAUGUCAUGGACGAGACGUACGUGAUGAACCAAGUGAAGGAAGAUGUAUGCUACGUGUCGUCGCAAUUCUACCAGGACAUGGAAGUUGCAAAAUUGAAAGGAGCAGAAAAUACGGUUUGCCGGGAUUAUGUCCUUCCUGAUUUUCACUCCGUCAAAAGGGGCUUUGUCAAAGAGGAAGCGUUUGGAAAGCAGAACCCCAAUGAGCAGACUGUACGCAUGAACAAUGAGCGUUUCGCUGUACCUGAAAUACUCUUCCAUCCAUCAGACAUCAGUAUACAAGAAAAGGGAAUCAGCGAAUCAAUUGUCCAUUCCAUCAAUGCUACACCAAAAGAAAUGCAUCCUCAUCUUUACCGGAACAUCGUCUUGACCGGAGGAAACUGCUCCUUUCCAGGAUUCAAAGAGAGGGUUGAGAAGGAUGUGAGAUCUCUCGCACCUGUUGAGUAUGGUGUCCAGGUCACGCUCCCACAAAACCCUGUGACGUAUGCUUGGGAAGGUGGCAAGACGAUGACCGAGUCCAAAGAAUUCUCCAAACUGACCGUCACCAGGAAACAGUACGAUGAAGAAGGACAAAACAUAUGCUUUGACAAAUUUGAUGUAUGAUGCCAGUUUGCUACAGUAGUUGCAAAAGGACUCAGAUGCCAACAUACUGUUUCUUUGUGUUGGUGAUAAAACGCCAUAUUAAAAGGAAAACAUGUUCGCGCACCCCAACGGUGCAGAAACGCCCUUACACCAAGCCCUUAUGCAUACUCCUAAGGGCAUUUUUGCGCAAAUGUGAUGCGCGAAAGUGUGGUGUUUAGGGCGUUUCUGCAUCGACAUGACAAUUUAUUUCCACUGUGUCCAUUCACUGAUAUAGUGUAAUAAUAAUAAUAAUAGUUGGAUUUAUAAAGCGCUUUUUGCCAGAGGAUACAAAGCGCUGCUAUUAUUACCCCGGCUUUAGCUCGAGCUACCAUCACCGGCGCUCAGUACAUGCAAGGAAUUACUCCUGCCGGGUACCCAUUCACCUCACCUGGGUCGAGUGCAGCACAGUGUGGAUAAAUAUCUUGCUGAAGGAAAAUACGCCAUGGCUACGAUUCGAACACACGACCCUCUGUUUCAAAGGCGAGAGUCAGAACCACUAGACCACGACGCACCCACGUGUAAGAGCAAAAAGUUUACUACUGAUUUGGACGUUUACUACAGCUUUGGACGGUCAGCACGUCAGCAACUAAAAUUCAAAUUUGUUCAAAAUAUAUUCUAGAUAUGGCGUGCAUUCAUACAUUUAUCAUUCUCUUGAAGAUUCAGUGUGAUUCUGUUUGCUAACUAAGGAGAUUGAGAUAAUUUCCUGUUGAAAAAAUUCUGAUAUGGAUUAUGGAUUAUGAUACAUGUAGUUGAGAUUGAUUGGAUCAAUCGUAACUCUUUGUAAGAUGCCAGUCAUUCAUAAAGUGGCUUGUAACUUAUUGUACGAACAGCUUUAUGAAACCAGAGAUGCCAACCUAAAGGGAUGGUUGUCAGGAAUAUUUACCAUAUUUGUCAGGAACAAAUGGGAGUUUCUCAGGAACAUCCCGCGAAGUAGCAUCGUUUAUACGCUCAACCACCCAAUCGCCAUUGACAUUGUGCAUGCAUGAACCGCGGCUUGCACUCCGCACUUCGCUGUGUAUUCAGCAGCAGCGCGCGGAGGCGCUUGCAAUAGAAAUCUCAGUAGAGAAACUCCCGUUGGUUUACCGUUGGCCACACACACGCUGCAUGCACGAUACAUGUAUACACAAUACACGCAUAUACAUGCACAAUACACGCAUAUAUACACAUGCACAGCAAAGCAAUACACAUGUAUUGUAGUUGUUUUUUCCGUAACCUUUUUAUUGUUGCCGUAACACCGUAAUUGGAGGAAUAAAAUCGGAACAAAUACGGCGAAUCCGUAACGGUUGGCAUCUCUGUGAAACACCCCCCGGGUUUCUCUAUGUACAGGUAUCAGGAUCACGUAGGUUGUGGAUGGAGGAAUUCUUUAAAAGUUUUCACCAGAUCAAAAAGCCAAUUGUAUAAACUUUGCAAUCAAACACAACUCAAUGUUUUGUGGGGGGGGGGGGUUCUUUAAAAAAAUACUUAACAGCUGUCUUAUGGUUCUAUGAAUAAUCAAAUUAUGUAUGAUUGCAAAGUUAAUCAUUUAGGCAUUUCUGUAUUUAUAUACAUUCAGAUUUCUCAUUCUUUGAACAAGCGUACGUGUACUUCCACUUUUAAAGCAGUUCACUCACAAAUACCAAGCUCUUGCAUGAGAUGAUAACAAUACAAUAUAGCCAGAUCCUUUGGUAUGAUAUUAAAGAUAAAUACAAGUUGUGGUAAUGAUCUUAAAAUGAGUUCGAACAGAAUCCAAUAAAGUUACCACCCAAGUGUUUGUAUGUAUGAAUAAAAAAAUAUGUGCCAAUUGGCUGUGGGAAAAACUGUAAUUGCUGAGAAAUAAGCAAAAUAAGCACAAAAUUCCAUCAAAUGUUGGGUAUUGUUCAAGCAAUAUUAGUACACUGUCCCACAUGUGCCUUUUUGUGUUAGUAAUCAUCUGAGCUAUUGUUUUUCAGCUAAAAUUUCAUUUCACAAAGACAAGUUUAUUUGAAUGUACCAGAUCUAGAUCUAUGUUAAUAUUGCGGCAAUUAACCUUGAUUUUAAAGACUUUCUCAUGAAAUAAUUGUUUGCUGCAACUACUUCCUUUUAUCUCUAAAUGUGAUUUGCCCUUUUUCCUCCUUUCCAAAUGCCUUUUUAUAUUGUGGUGAUAUUUGUCCACAAUUCUCUCCUUUUUUUCCCCUCAAAAAUUGGGGCUCCCGGCAAAACAUUGCUCUGUAUAACAUUGCUCUGUUUGGAGAUAUGCAUAGAGUACCGAAGUGAUGACAUCACAAUAAACUUUUUUUUUGUAUUUCCGUGUUUUUGAUACCAUAUUUUGAUAGAGCAUGAACAACCCCCCCCCCACACCCAAAUUUGGAAGUAAUCUGUUAAUGUGGGCCUUAGAAAUGACCUCGUGAAUACAUAAUUAGUCCCAUUAAAGUCAAUGUAUUAAUGGCUUGGUUCCUGACUCUUAGAACCAGGCCAAUAAUACAUUGACUUCAAUGGGGCUAAUUAUGUAUUCAUGAGGUCAUUUCUUGGGGACCCAUGGACCGAUUCCCACUAAAUUUGGGUUGUGGGGGUUUUGCAUCAUGGUCUAUCAAAAAUGCUGACAUGCAAAUAUGGAAAAUUGAUGACGUCACACUUCGGUACUCUGUAUAGCUGUAUUCUAUGUAAAUACAAUUUGUAAUAAAUACAAAAACUGACAAAUACUC